CUUUUCUUAUCUAUACCAGUGGCCGAGAAAUUUAUCCUAUAGACGACGGACCAGUUUGUACACUUCAAUCAUUCGCGUUCGCGAUCGCGUGUCUCGUUGAUGCCUUGAUCUUGGUUGUUUCUCUUUUAUUUGUGAUUUUGUUUUUUCACAUUGUCACUUUUGGCCCACUUUUAUGUUUGUGCUGUUUUAAUUCUCUCUGUUUUUUAUUUUUCGAUUUUUUUUUUCCGGUAAUUGUGCGCUGGUUUGUAUACUGGAGGACACAUCGCCUUAAACAUGUAUAUUGGAGGGAAUAUGGACGGAGUGGGUUUCACACUGGCCCUGGGCGCCCUAAGGGCGCUCUCCUUCGUCUACGACCUCCUCACAUUCCCCGUCUACGUGCUCCUCCAGCGACCUUGGCAACAGCGUCAGAAAACUCGCAAAAUUAAGGCAACGAUCGUAUCGACCGAACGCGAAGGUAAAGAUGACACCGUUAUCGAUAUCAACAAGGAUCUCUCCUCUCCCGAUAAUUUCAAUAAUAAUAAUAAUAAUAUUAACAACUAUAAGGCCCAACCCAUAUCACAAGACACCAAAAGUAUUACAUACCGGUCUACCAUGCAGCCGAAGAGUUUACACGUGGAACUCCUAAGGAGCCAAGUGGAUACCAUGGUGAAGCUUUUGGAGUUUGUUGCCAAUAAAUACCCGAACAAAAGAUGCCUUGGUACCAGGGAGAUUUUGGGAGAGGAAGAUGAGAAACAGUCCAACGGAAGAAUCUUUAAAAAAUUCAAUAUGGGAGAAUACCGCUGGAAAACUUUCUCGGAAGUUAAUAUGUUGGCGUCAAACUUGGGUAAAGGACUGCGAGAGUUGGGAUGCAAACCGAGAGAAAACGUUGUGAUUUUCGCCGAAACUAGAGCGGAAUGGAUGAUCGCUGCCCAUGGACUUUUUAAGCAGAACAUUCCUUUGGUUACUAUCUAUGCUACUUUAGGAGAUGAAGCGAUUGCACACGGAAUCAACGAGACCGAAGUGACAACGGUAAUCACCUCGUACGAACUGAUGCCCAAGUUCAAGAAAGUUCUCGCCAUGACCCCUAAAGUAAAAACGUUGAUUUAUAUGGAAGAUCAGCUUAAAGACCUCGAUAAGAGCGAAUACGAUGAGAGCAUUAAAAUUAUCAGUUUUACUGAUGUAUUAAAAUUGGGAAAGAAUUCGCAAUAUAGUCAUGAAGCAAAGUGCUCCUCAAGAUCGUGUAAAUGUAAAUUCAAUGUAGCGGAAGCCGACUCUUUGCCAGCCACAAACGAUACAGCGAUUAUAAUGUACACGAGCGGAUCGACCGGUGUACCGAAGGGUGUAAUCAUAUUACACAAAAAUCUCAUCGCCACCUUAAAAACUUUCUGCGACGCCACUGAUAUUUACGAACACGAUGUCAUGAUUGGAUUUCUACCAUUAGCCCACGUAUUUGAACUGCUAGUAGAAACGGUGUGUCUGUGUGCCGGUGUCCCGAUCGGAUACAGUAGCGCCCUCACCAUGAUCGAUUCUUCAAGUAAAAUCAAAAGGGGAACUAAGGGAGACGCUUCGGUUCUUAAACCUUCUUGUAUGACCAGCGUGCCUCUAAUUUUGGAUCGAAUUUCGAAAACUAUUCAGGACAAGGUCAGCAAAAGCAGCGACUUUAAGAAACUGAUGUUUAGGUUUUCGUACGAUUAUAAAGUGAAAUGGAGCAAGAGGGGUUAUGAGACGCCUUUGGUAAACAGGCUGAUUUUCAACCCGAUCCGUCAACUGAUGGGAGGCCACGUGCGCCUUAUAAUAUCCGGCGGUGCACCGCUCUCGCCCGAAACCCACGAACAAAUCAACAACUGCCUUUGCGCGACCAUUUUACAAGGAUACGGUUUGACGGAGACCACUUCUUGCGCCUGCGUACAAGACUUUUACGAUACAUCUUAUGGAAGGGUCGGCGCCCCAUGUACGGUGUGCGAAAUUAAAAUAAUCAAUUGGGAAGAGGGCGGUUACAGGGUGACGGACAAACCGCAUCCGAGGGGUGAGAUUUUGGUUGGUGGCGAUAAUGUUAGUGCUGGAUACUACAAACUACCAGACAAGACCAACGAAGAGUUCCUAGAGGAAGAUGGGAAACGGUGGUUUAAAACUGGCGAUAUUGGAGAGGUGCAUGAUGAUGGAGUUGUUACUAUAAUUGACCGCAAAAAGGAUUUAGUAAAACUGCAAGCGGGCGAAUACGUGUCUCUGGGUAAAGUAGAGUCCCAACUGAAAACCUGCCCCCUGGUGGAUAAUAUUUGCGUUUACGGUGAACCGACGAAACAAUACUGUGUCGCACUGGUGGUACCCAACCAGCCGAACCUGAUGGAACUGGCGACCAAAAUCGGUUUGGGCGAUAAGAACUUUGAGGAAUUGUGCGAGGAUCCCGAAGUAGAAAAGGCUGUCGCUAAUGAAUUGGCCGAACACGGCAAAAGAGGCAAACUUCAAAAAUUCGAAAUCCCACACGCGGUAAAACUGGUGGCGGAAGUGUGGUCCCCGGAUAUGGGUCUGGUCACCGCAGCCUUCAAAUUAAAACGAAAAGACAUCCAGGACCGUUAUCAGUGUGACCUUAGGAGGAUGUACGCGUCUUGAGAACGCCGCGUUUGGUCUUGUUGAAAUCAUAUUUUUGGUUCUGUUCCUGUAGUAGAGAUUUUGUUUUCAGUUAAAUAUGCGUAGGGAUUUUUGGCAAAAGGAGUCAAAAACUUUAAAAAAAAAAGUCACCCGUGGGGAAGAUCUGAGUAUUUUUAAGCACUUUGGAUGUCCCAAAACAGAAAUAGCAAUUAUUUUUAAACUUGCCAAAAAUCUAUCAAAAAAUAAUACUACCUAACGCAAUAGAAUUGUUAUAUUAUAUUAAUUUUAAGUGUCAUUAGAUGCAUCACUUUAGCUUUAGUUUUCUUUUUUUGUUGAUCGUUUUUUAGUGAAUCCUGGCUCAAAGUUUUUCUGAUAGCAUAAAAUUCGGGUGCUUUAAACGAAUUUUUUUUUAUUACAGUGCUUUGUUUUGUUUUCUUUUUUCUAAUAUUUUAACACGUUUUUUAAGACUGUGGAAGAUUUAAUUAUUAUCUUUAAAGUAUGUCAAUAUUUAGGGACGUCAGUAUGUCACACUCGUUUACAAUAUAAUAAAAAAAUUGUAGAAUAAUCUCUGGUAUAGAUCGUGCACUAAAUACCUUACCAAUUGCAAAUUAUGGUGUAUUUGUAUUGAAUAACUAGCAUAAUUAAAACACUAUGGCAUCUUACUUGUCGAAUACAUACCUAAUACAUAAUGUCCAUUUUUGUGCGAUCGUUUAUAGACAAGUACUUAAAUGUUAAGUUUAGUUAGGUAACAAGAUGUAUUAAUUAUUUUUUAAAUUGUAUAUAAUGAUGAUAUUUGCUCUAUUCAAUAUUUUUUGGCCGUUUAGCAGAGAUAUUGUAUGUAUUUAUUUGAAAUAAAUAUUGUUUAAAGAA